AUGAGUCUCUCAACCAAAGACAAAAACCUUGUUAGAAAUUUCUUCACCAAAGUUUCUGGCAUAAUGGAGGACAUCGGGAAUGAAGCUCUAUCCAGAACUCUAGUUGUCUAUCCUCAGACAAAAACCUACUUUGCCCACUGGAAUGACCUGAGCCCUGCCCCACAAAUAAGGAAGCACGGGAAGACGAUCAUGGAAGCUGUUGCGGAUGCUGUUGAUAAAAUCGACGACCUCGUUGGAGGUCUGCUCACCCUCAGCGAGUUGCAUGCCUUCCUGCUGCGAGUGGAUCCUACAAACUUCAAGAUCCUGUCUCACAAUGUACUUGUGGUGCUGGCCAUGACUCUGCCAGAAGAGUUCACCCCUGAAGUGGACGUGGCGAUUGACAAGUUUCUUGCCAAUUUGGCGUUGGCUUUGUGCGAGAAGUACCGCUAA